CGCAGUGCCAUGCAGACCUUCAGUGUGUGAGUGUCCCACCGCUGCUACAACAUGAUCCUGCUGCUCGCUCUGCUUUCUGUUCUCUGGGGACAACAGGCUCGCUGCCUCCUUUUUGAUGGAGACAUCCGUCACCUGGCAGUGGCCACCAGCGGGGUUUACGUCGCCACAGACACCAAGCUGUACCAGCUGAGCCACGACCUGACUCUGGUCCGCAGUCUGAGCCAGAGAGGGAUCUUGACGGCCGCGGACCAGCCGGAGAAUGAGCAGUUUCACCGGGUUUCUGAGACGGACGUCUGGAACGCAACUUUCAGCGUCAACAUGUUGCUGCCGUUUGUGGCGAACAAGUCCGUGUUCAGCUGCGGGGUGACCGACAACCAGUGCGGCUACUGCGAGGUUCUGGACCUGCACGACAUCUCCAAGCUGCUGUACAGGGAACACAUCCAGGUGGGACCGCUGAGGCGCAGCAGCGGCUCCGUCGGCUUUCUGCUGGAUGUGAAGAUGAUUCCAACUGGGAUUGAAACUUACAUCCUGACUGCGGUCCAGCAGCGCAAAGACGAAACGAGUAGAUGUAGAUCUGACUCAGGAGCUAUCAACCUUCAUAACGCGAAACAGGGACAGAGCGGAGGAAUAUUUUCUCUCAAUGACGGAUUAGGCAAAUAUGUGAUCGAGAGUCAAGGCGGUGUGGAGUUUGUGGACGGAUUUCAGAUCAGUUCAGUCAUAUAUCUGCUCUCCAACGUGCUGCCACAAGGUGAGAGCAACAGAGUCCGUCUCCUUUGGCUCGAGGGCGAAACGAAAACGAAGAUUAUGAGGUCGAUGCGGGGCGCGACUCUGAGUGCGUCUGAUGGUGAAGGCAGCAGACUGCUGGCCUCCUCGGUCAUCCCGGGGGAGCAGCCGGUGCUGUGGAGCGGAGUGUUCAGUGUGGACGGAGGAGAAAGCAACACGGAGCUGCUGGUGUUUGACAUCAGCCCUGAUGUGAGAGGACAGACCGACUCAAAUCCAGACUUCUACCCUCCUGCACCCAAGCCAGGAGAGAAGCCAAAGACCCUGAAACCGAAGGCGGUGCUCUUCAGGCAGAACAACAUGACCUCUGUGCUGGCAGUGAGGCACAAGGCCUGGGUGGUUUUCUUCAUUGGGACGGCAGAUGGGCAGCUCAUCAAGCUGGCUGUGGACAGGAACUAUCGCAGCGCCUGUCCCACGGUGCUCUACAGAGUGGAUGACGACCGCAAAGUGUUUCCCAGAAUUCAUCUGGAUCAAGUGGAUCAGAAACAUGUGUAUGUGCCAUUUAGAAACCAGAAACAAACCCCUGAAGAAACCUGCCCAUGCCUUCUUGUCGUAUUAAAGAUGAGACUUGGGAAAACGCAUCUGUUGGAACAACUGGAAGUCACCAACUGCUCUGGCAUCAGUGGACCACCAAGUUCUGUUUUGUGCCAGCAGUGUAUCAAGGCUGGAUGUGGAUGGAGCAAAAGCGGCUGUUCCUGGGCUAAUGAAGGAGAGGGGAAUGACAGCGUUUGCCAAAAGAUGGAUUUCGGGAAAAACUUUUCUAGGCCAGAGAUCUCCUCCAUCACACCCAGUGUCGUGUCGUUCCACGGCAGAAACCAUGCAACGUUGUCAGGUCGAAACCUCAGAGAAGUGAGCAGAGUGAGGAUCCAGGGGGACCUGGACUGUACUCCACAAGAAUCUCCUGUGUGGAACAACACCGGCACGAGUCUGACGUUCCACAUUCCCAGUACAGAUAUUAAAGGUGUGGUCAAAGUGUGCGUUCUGCUCCCAGAUGGCAGUUGCCAUGGCAACACUAAAAUCACCUACCGCUCAGCGCCGUCCUGCACCGACAUUAAACCCCGCAGUACCUGGAUCAGUGGGAAGAGGAAGAUCACACUCAUGGGGUCCCACCUGGAGUUUGUGGAAGGGAUCAUCCACAGCCACGCCCCGCAGGAAGUCAGACUUCCCACAGACAGCAGCAAUGAGACUAUCAUCUAUGACUCGCUUGCAGCUGAAAACAGUCCGGGGAUUUCUAGCAGCACCGUAUCUAUGAAAGUAGCCAAUGAAACCCUGGCCUGCUCCACAACGCUGACCUACUAUCCAGACCCUGAGUUUACCAGCUUCACAUCCAUAAAAAUAGGGGAUGAUGUCCGCAUCACCAUAGAGAAAAAGGCAGACAAACUGGAGAUGACGGAAGCAGAGUUGUCAGUGUCAGGGGUCCAAGGUGAAAACGAGUACACCUGUAGUUUGGAAUCCAAAGACACCGAUAAUGUGACUGACUUUUUCACCUGUGAGAUUAAAAGCUCACUCUACGAUAAAUUUGAACAUCUGUCGAUAAAAUAUGGAGACAAAGAGGUGAUACGGAAGCCUAAAUCUUCAGCAUUGAUCUUUCUGAUGCUGAUUGUUCUUCUCCUCAUCCCCUGCAUUAUUGUUGUGGUGGUGAUUGUCUACCGAAGCCAACAGAGGAAGCUCAAUGCAAAGGUGAACAAGUUUAUGCACGACUUGGAGCUCGAUGUCAGGAACGACAUCAGACAGGGUUUUGUGGAUUUGCAGACAGAGAAAGCUGAUCUAAUGGAAAAUGUCGGGGCCAUCCCUUUCCUGGACUACAAGCACUUUGCUGCCAGAAUUUUUUUUCCUGAGAGCGACUCCUUGAGGAACUCGUGCAUCAGAGACAUCGGUCAGGACGUGGUGAAGGUUCAGCUGGACGAGUGCUGCCACAGUUUGUCCAGGCUGCUCAAGGACCAGCUCUUCCUCGUCUCCAUGGUGCACGCUCUGGAGGAGAAGAAGAGCUUCACCAUCAAAGACAAGUGUUCGUUGGCAUCUCUGCUCACCGUAGCGCUUCACGGCAACCUGUCGUACCUGACCGAGGUGAUGGAGGUUCUGCUGAAGGAUCUGAUGCAGCGGAACAGUAACGCUCAGCCCAAACUGCUGCUUCGACGCACUGAGUCCACCGUGGAGAAGCUGCUGACCAACUGGAUGUCCAUCUGUCUCUACGGCUUCCUCCGGGAGACUGUUGGCCAGCAUCUCUUCCUGAUGGUGAGUGCUCUCACGCAGCAGAUCGCCAAAGGGCCGGUGGACUGUGUGACAGAGAAAGCUCUGUACACGCUCAGUGAGGACUGGCUGCUGUGGCAGGCUCAGGACUUCAGCUCCCUGAAGCUGAAGGCGCUGUUCGCAGUGGACAGCGAUGGAGGCGUCAGCGAGCCCCUGGAGGUCAGCGCUCUCAGCUGUGACACCGUGGAGCAGGUCAAAGAGAAAAUCCUGUCCACCUUCAAGGCCAAGUUUGGCUUCCCCUUCAGCACCACCCUCGGGGACGUUUCUAUCGAGUAUGAAAAGGACGGGUCAUUUAUUCACAUGGAGGAAGUGGACGCAAGCUCUGAGGUUAUUGGGGAGGUGACGAUGCUCAACACGCUGAAGCACUACAAGGUUGAUGAUGGCGCGACAAUCAAGAUGCUUUCUAGGAAAAACCAGCCUCCUCUGAGUCCACAGGGAAGUCUGAAGGAUGACGAGAACUUUUCCGGAAAAUACUUCCAUUUGAUUGAUCCAGAUGUAGAGGAGGACCAAAGAAAGAACCCGGAGAGGAAGAAGUUAAAACUGAAGGAAGUGCACCUCACCAAGCUGCUCUCCACCAAGGUGGCGGUGCAUUCAUUUGUGGAGAACCUUUUCAGGUCCAUCUGGGGGAUGCUGCAAAACAAAGCUCCACAUGCUGUCAAAUACUUCUUCGACUUCUUGGACACUCAAGCAGACAACAUGAAGAUCACCGACCCGGACGUCCUGCACAUCUGGAAGACCAACAGCUUGCCGUUGCGCUUCUGGGUGAACAUCCUGAAAAACCCUCAGUUUGUUUUUGACAUGGAGAAGACUCCGCAUUUGGACGGCUGCCUGUCUGUCAUCGCUCAGGCCUUCAUGGACUGCUUUUCUCUUAGUGAGAUCCAGCUGGGGAAGCACGCACCGACCAACAAGCUCCUCUAUGCCAAAGACAUUCCUCAGUUUAAACUUGAAGUGAAGACGUACUACAGACAGAUCAGAGAGCAGUCGCCGAUGACAGACACAGAAUUCAAGGACUUCCUACAGCAGGAGUCAAAGAAACAUGAAAAUGAGUUCAAUGAAGCUGCAGCCCUCAAAGAACUCUAUAAAUUCAUACAGCAGUACUUCACAGAGAUCAAAGAGAAGCUGGACCAGAACGGAGCCCCUGCUGAGCUGACGGAGCAACUACAGCAUGUUAAAGACUCGUUUGACGGACUGAAAAGCUGCUCGUGGGACUGAGCCAUCUGAACUUUCACUCAUGUGAAUGGCACGGCGAGAGGAAACCGCUAACAAAACUGUCAUGAGGAGGACUGACAAGACUUCUGGCCAGUGUCUAUCAUCUCCUGCUGUUACCAUGGAGAUGAGGUACUGAGUUAAACUAAGCUGGAGGAGCUCAAAGGAGCUGCUAACCAUGUUGCUAAUGUCAUUAGUCAGUGGGGAGUUUUGUGUCUAACAAUAAAAUGCCUUCUCUGGGUUUUCCGCCCUGACGUAAUAAGAAGUCUGCUGGAAACUUUAAAUCUAUUUUAAUGCCAAAACUUCACAGGACUCAAAGAUACCAAGUGAGACACAUAUCAGCUGGCUGUAGCUUGCAUAACAGGACACUUCCUUUGAAAGCAGUUUUGUGUCUGAUGGACUUGCAUGGCAGUUGCACCAUGAAAAACAACCCUAUGACCUUAAUCAGUUUUGAUCUUAAAUGAUAAUGUUAUGAUCACGACUCAACCUCCCAAAUGGACAAAGUCAAAAAAGGAUCAUCUGUAAGUUAUUGUUUCAACAGACAAUUUAUAGUCUGUAGUAUGUUUUUAUUAACUCCUCCAUAUAAAUGCUUUUUUUUUUUCUUUUUACAGAAUGGCUUAAGAGCAAAUGUAAACAAGCGUCUCAAUACAAAAUCAAACCCUGAGGUUGUCACAAUUAAUUUUUUUUUUAAAAGGUGCCAAGGCAUCACAACAUUAAGAGACAUGUAAACUGUGGUGGAAAACAAUCCGUUCUCAUCUCUCCGUUUUUGUGGAAAUAUGCCAAUAAAUAAUGUUUCUAGUUUUAUAAAA